CCCCUUUGCGGGGCGGUCUCUCCAUUUCUGCCCCUCCCACCCUCGCCUGCUGCUUUGCCCGCGCAGCUAUCGCUAGCUGGCUGCUGCAUUUCUUCCGGCGGGCUGUGCGUGCACGACUCAGCAGGAGGGAACUGCAGUCUGGCUGGAGCUCAUUCUCAGAGAAGAUGUCAACAGACUUACCAUUAAACAUCAAUAUCAAAGAACCUCGCUGGGUUCAAAGCACAUUUGUUGGACGAGCCAGCCAUUUCUUCACUGUAACUGAUCCCAGGAAUAUUUUGCUAUCCAAUGAACAGUUGGAAAAUGCAAGGAAAAUUGUGCAUGAUUACAGACAAGGUAUUGUGUCCCCUGGACUGACAGAAGAUGAACUGUGGAGGGCAAAAUAUAUCUAUGAUUCAGCCUUCCAUCCAGAUACUGGUGAAAAGAUGGUUUUGAUUGGCCGAAUGUCUGCUCAGGUGCCUAUGAACAUGACUAUCACUGGCUGUAUGAUGACCUUUUAUAGGACUACUCCAGCUGUGGUAUUUUGGCAAUGGAUCAACCAGUCAUUCAAUGCCAUUGUAAACUAUACUAAUAGGAGUGGAGAUGCUCCAAUAACUGUCAGCCAGCUGGGAACAGCCUAUGUUUCUGCCACCACAGGUGCUGUUGCCACUGCUCUAGGACUUAAUGCUUUAACAAAGCAUGUCUCUCCACUCAUAGGACGUUUUGUUCCUUUUGCUGCUGUAGCUGCUGCUAAUUGCAUUAAUAUCCCAUUAAUGAGGCAAAGGGAAUUAAAGCAUGGUAUUCCCAUUACAGAUGAAAAUGGAAACCGAUUGGGUGAAUCAACCAAAGCUGCUGAACAAGCCAUUCUGCAAGUGGUUGUCUCCAGGAUUCUUAUGGCUGCUCCAGGAAUGGCCAUUCCUCCCUUCCUAAUGAAUACUUUGGAAAAGAAGGCAUUUUUAAAGCGGUUUCCAUGGAUGAGUGCCCCAAUUCAAGUGGGAUUAGUUGGGAUUUGUUUGGUAUUUGCCACACCUUUAUGCUGUGCGUUAUUUCCUCAGAAAAGUUCCAUGUCAGUAACUCGUCUGGAGUCAGAAUUGCAAGCCAAGAUCCAAGAACUCGACCCUGAAUUGGACCGUGUGUAUUUUAACAAAGGAUUAUAAUUUGUAGCAAACUAUUCCUCAGCAACAAUUAGGUGAACUUAUUUUUGAAUUGUGUGACAACUUUGAAGACAGUCCUGAUGUGUCCUUCCAGUUUUACCCAAUUUUAAACACUGAGGUUCUUUGAUUAUCCCUAGAGGAUUUUCAUAAUUAUGAUUUCAAAUCAUAGUCUUUACCACUUUGUCUGCUGCAUAUACUACAAAUGUUUUUAGCUGCAAAUAUUCAAAAAUGAUUGCAUCACUUCUCAAGGAGUUAAAAAUUAAAUAUCUUUAGAAAAUGUCCCUGGCAGAGAAAAUCUUCUAUUUUAGACAAAUCUUCCUAUUUUAAUUUCCCCUAAUGAGAGAGUAACUGAGAAGUUAAUUUGUGCUACUGUUUUGUGGCUAUAGUUCAGAUUGUGAAUUCCCAUCUAAUUACUUUUUCAGAGGUCCAGGGUAUGAUUUCUGGAGCAUUCCUACUCAAUUCUGAGUGCAUAAACAGCUUUAUCACACAUCUGAUUUAACUGCAAUAGUGAUAGGGUAGGAUAAAAGAAUUUACUCAUGCAACAUGGCACGCGUUCUGGUCUAUCAUUUAAACUGGGUCCUUAACAACUAUUCAUGCAAUGUUAGCAUACCAGAGAUCCCUCAGUGUCACUUUUAAAUUGGGACUGACUUAAAUAGUUCAGGGAAGAUGCAAGCGUUAAGAGUGAUAGGUGGCCUGGAUGUGAAUAGAUAAUAUUGAGUAAGGGGGAAAGAGCUUAUCAAUAUCUUUGAGGCCAAUUCCCACAAUGGCUUAUUUGUUAUUAUUGCACGAAAGCUUUUUUGUGUUUUAUUUGUAUUUUAAAAAUAGUAAUAAUUGGCCAGCUCUCUUAGAUCAUACAAAAGUAUCUAAACAUUGAAUAAAGAAGAAGUACUAGGUGAACCCAAAGGUUCCCUUCCACUGGUGGGAGGAACCUUCUAAGAAGACGUCCUCCAAUGCAUAGAAAAUAGCACUUAUAAUUCUAAUUAAAAUCAUAUUGAAACAUUAAACAAAUUAACUGGUGCCAUCCAUGGUACUGCGACUUUACCAUGAUCUGAGAUAUGUAGCAGAUGCAAUAAGUGCAUGAUGCCCUGUUCAACAGUGGACUUGCUUUCAGUUUUGGUGCUUAAUAUCCUUCAACAAUGGGCAAGAUCCUAUAGGAACUUUCUAACAGCUGCCUGUCUGGUUAUAGCAAUAGCCAUACACUCUUCAAAAAUCCAGCUGGAUUUAUGCACUUCAUUACUAAGUUUCAGUUGCCUUAUUUGUUAUAUUUUUCUGGAAAUUGCAGCAUUUUUAUUAUUAUUGGCCUUGUUUUCUCAUAUCCUUUAGUUAUCAAACCAGGUUAAGUUCUCAAGACACUCUUAAAUUCAGUCAUGUGGAAGCAUUAAACUGCUAAAUGGAAUUGAAUUUAGUAAUUAGAAUGGAAUUGUAUGACUGCCCUAUAUUUCUAUGGGAGGGAUAUUGUCACAGCCUUUUAAAAUUUUGACAGUUGUUGGUCAAUGAUUUUGUUCCAUAAGUAAUAAGGCAAGAAGCAUUUUUAAUCAGUUGCCUGUUGCUUUGGAAUGCCUUGGUGUGCUUUGUUGCUAUGAAAUAGAAUGAUCCCACGAAAUAGGAUGCUUUUUAUUUUCCAUUAUUCAGAUGAAGAAAUCAACCCAAAAUGUUGAGUUGUAUAAAGAUGUCCAUUGAGUCCAUAGCUAAAUUUAGAUUUGAACCCAAGUAUCUGCUGAACUGCACAAAAUAUUAGAGAGUUAUUCUCAUCAGCACUCUGCUGUAAUUUUAGUGUGUGUUUGACCCUCACGCCAUGGGAGUCUACCAUUAAUGUACAUCAUCCCAAAUAUAAUGUCAUAGUGAACACCUCUUUGUACUGGUACAAAUAGAUCUAGCUCUGUACUCAGUAGAGUUGUUACUUAACAGAGAAUCUGGCCCUUGUACAUGUACUAAAUAAUGUUCAUAAUUAAUGUCAUACAUAAAUAGGGUGUUAACUUUAUAAAAUAGCUAAUGUCUAGAUGUGCCAAGUACAGUAUACAGGUCUACAAUUUCUAUGACUGUAGUAUUGGAAUGUGACAUUCUAUAAACCAGAGACUUGUUUAGGAACAGCUCUUGAAAUUGUAACAGAAGAAGAAAAGUUAGAUUUUAUGCUUGGCACUGAAUCCUGUAAAAUACUUGAUUUGUACGAUACCGAUAUGGGAUUUGUAGAGAAAUUCAGUGUUUACAAACUUUUUUCCAAGGAUUCAUGCGAUUGCUUGGAACCUCACUAGGAAUUCCUUGGUGUUGAGAUGCUUUCCUGAAAAACAGCUUGUCUUGCCCUUGCAGUAUAUCCACAGAAAAGUGUUAGAUGUGUAAAACACCAUUCAUGGUAGGGCACUGGUGAGGACUAACAAACUCAGUAUACAUCACAGAAAAUGCUCCCAAGAUUUGUACAUCAAAAUGGAUGUGAAGAGAAACAACUCAGAAAGUAAAAACAUCUGGAGUAAGCAACUUCAGGGUGUUAACCUAGGGGUUGUGUUAAAGCUUUUUCUCCAGUUCUUAUUCCAAUUUUGUCAAACCUCACAUUACUUUCUUUGGCUGCAGCUAGAAUGUCACACGAUCACUAUCACACACCUGCUUUGGCGGUAUUGGGGGGAAAGGUCAUGUAAUGAAUCAUUUACCUUUUAACAAGAGACAGAUUGCUCCUGUAGACGCAAUGUGCUACUCAUGCACCCAUCUUCAGUGCAGAUGGGGGUAAGGGGCAAUUUUGCAGUAUGAUCAAAAGUUCAUGUAGAUUGGACGUGCCUUGGCCCUGCAGAUUUGUGCUAGCGCACAUAACAGCCUUUUAAAACUUUUAACAGUUUUCAUAACGUGUACUCCCAAGUAAAUCCAAUGGAAUUCAACAGGCCUUUACAACUAGUAAAGGAGCCUAAGAUUUCAUUUUACAGUACCAUCCUAAGCAAAGUACAUCUUAGUGUAUUAAAGUCAGUGGUUAAAGUCAAAGGAUAUCACUGUCCUUGGGAGUGCACUGUUUAGUUUCCUUGGUGAAUUUCAACACAAUUAUGGCAAUAAACAUUUCUGAAUGAGAAGAAAAAUAUUUUUUUAAUUAUUGUAUUUUUUCUGUUUUGUAUAAACGAUCAUGUUACACCUGCAAAGACUACAGGAAGAAAAUUAAUAAUUACUAUCUCCUGUUUAAAUGUCUUGGUGUGUGUUUGUUUUUUAUCAGCACAUUUUCCAGUAGUUCGGGGGUUUUCCAUUUGUUGUAAAUCAGAUCAUUCCAUGUGACCUCAGCUUUUUUUUUAAAUUUGGGUAUUUACAGAUUGUGUGCUUGAGAUAAUAUAACCUAGUGUGAAAAAUUUAUUGAUAGAUUUUACCAGGAAUACAAGGAGAUUCUUUGACCAUUUAUAAUCCUGAGGACAAAGAAAUACACCAUGAAUGGUAUUUUUUAAAAUAUUGGUCUCUUAAUGCUUUUCUACAGGAUUGAUAAUUUUCUUGGUAUUAUUAACAUGAACAAAAUAGUAUUAACAUCAGUAAAUUUAUACUGAUAUGAUAGAAAUAGAAUGUUUUUUUAAAAAAAAAUCCAAUGAAGUGCAAUAAGCUAGUACAAUGGAAUGGUUAUUAAUAUUUCCAGUUGGAAAAAAUGAUUCUAGGUUAUCUUUGUGACUUAAGUACAUUUUAAAUGUAAGUAUUAGCACAAUGUCUUGCCAGUGUUGAUGGCACUUAAUGUACAAUUUAAACUGGAUGAAACAUUAAAAUCAGUGACUGAAA